UUCCUGAGCCGGAAGGGACGAACUCGGGAGCGUGGAGCGGAACGGGUCGUUAGGGCAGGUCCUCGUAAGGGACGCGGGCUAGGGGAGGCGAAACCUCGGGGAGAUUGCCCUUCGGGGAAGGAGGCUGUCGGGUCUCCUCCGCUCUCCUGGCCUGGUGGGGAAAGCAGCGGCCGGGACAUGGACAGCCGCCUCCAAGAGAUCCGCGAACGGCAGAAGCUGCGCCGGCAGCUCCUAGCUCAGCAGUUGGGAGCUGAGAGUGCUGACAGUAUCGGUGCAGUGUUAAAUAGCAAAGACGAGCAAAGGGAGAUUGCUGAGACCAGAGAAACUUGCAGGGCUUCUUAUGAUACUUCGGCUCCAAAUGCAAAACGCAAAUAUUUGGAUGAAGGAGAGGCUGAUGAAGAAGACAUAGAAGAAUACAAGGAUGAAGUAGAAAUGCAGCAAGAUGAAGAGAACCUGCCGUACGAGGAAGAGAUUUACAAAGACUCUAGUACUUUCCUUAAGGGGACCCAGAGCUUAAAUCCUCACAAUGAUUAUUGCCAACACUUUGUUGAUACAGGACACAGGCCCCAGAAUUUCAUCAGAGAUGUGGGUUUAGCAGAUAGAUUUGAAGAAUAUCCUAAACUAAGGGAGCUUAUUAGACUGAAGGAUGAGCUGAUCUCAAAAUCCAACACUCCUCCUAUGUAUUUACAAGCAGAUUUAGAUACUUUUGACAUCAGAGAACUGAAAUCCAAAUUUGAUGUAAUUCUUCUGGAACCUCCUUUGGAAGAAUAUUACAGAGAAACUGGAAUCACUGCUAAUGAAAAGUGCUGGACUUGGGAUGAUAUUAUGAAGCUAGAAAUUGAGGAGCUUUCUGGACUGCGGUCAUUUGUCUUUUUGUGGUGUGGCUCUGGGGAGGGCCUGGACCUUGGCAGAGUGUGUUUACGCAAGUGGGGUUACAGAAGAUGUGAAGAUAUUUGCUGGAUUAAAACCAACAAAAACAACCCUGGGAAGACUAAGACUUUAGACCCAAAGGCAGUCUUCCAAAGGACAAAGGAGCACUGUCUGAUGGGCAUCAAAGGGACUGUUCGGCGUAGCACAGAUGGUGACUUCAUUCAUGCCAAUGUUGACAUUGACUUGAUUAUCACAGAAGAACCUGAAAUUGGAAAUAUAGAAAAACCUGUAGAAAUUUUUCAUAUCAUUGAGCAUUUUUGCCUCGGAAGAAGACGCCUUCACCUUUUUGGAAGGGACAGUACAAUUCGACCAGGAUGGCUUACUGUGGGACCCAAUCUUACGAAUAGCAACUUCAAUGCAGAAACUUAUGCUUCCUAUUUCAGUAUUCCUAAUUCCCCUCUGACGGGCUGUACGGAAGAAAUAGAGAGACUUCGGCCAAAGUCACCACCUCCAAAAUCAAAGUCUGAUCGGGGAGGUGGUGCUCCAAGGGGAGGUGGGAGAGGUGGGACUUCUGCUGGCCGUGGAGAGAGAGGCCGAGAAAGAAAUCGAUCCACUUUCCGAGGAGAAAGAGGUGGUUUUCGAGGGGGCCGUGGAGGAGCACAUAGAGGGGGCUUCCCACCUCGCUAA